UAGACAGCACCUUAAUUGCCUUCUCCCUUCAUUUUCAGGCUCACUUGAAACUACUUCUGCUAAAGGUCUACAUUGUGCUCCUUGAUUUGCCAGUGUGCUAUUCUCAAUUUAUCGUCUCUCAACAGAUUUUGAGUUCUAAUUCCAUCAUGCCUUGUAUUGAGAUGUACACCAACUUAUCUGCUGAUAAAGUACCAGCAAACUUCUUUGAAGUCCUAACAGAGUUCUUCUGUGGUCUACUCGAUAAGAAUCCAAGGGGAGUGGUUCUGAACUUAUACACCGACCAGCGCAUUCACACAGGCACAGAUCUCAAUAAGACCAUGCUGAUGAUCCAGAUCUACAAUGCUGAGGCUUGGUUAGAUCGUGAUGCUAACAGAGAUGCUAUCAAGCUGGUUACAGACAAGGUCUCAGGAAUCCUUGGUAUCUCACCCGACAGGUCGACUGUUCUGUUGAUCCCCGUUCCAUCUCAUCAGGUGGGUACCCCUGGAGGGAACCUCUUAGCAGACAGAGAUCAAUUCAAAUGGAGGCUGGAUUACAUGCAGAAGAUCAACACUGCAUUAUCAUCAGCUUAGCCACACCCUCCUCAUCACUGCAUUAUCAUCAGCUUAGCCACACCCUCCUCAUCACUCUCCCCGGCUCUUUCCUGCUGAGACUUAAUCUGUCCCGUUUGUGCAAUCGAUCUCCCUUGCUCUUUUCAUUUCUCUCUCUUUCUUUAUUUUGCUCUUUUUAUUUUCUUCUUACUCUCUCUGUCCGUUUCUAUUUUCUUCUUCUCUCUUGCUUUCUUGAUCUCACAGUCUCGUCAUCUUGUCCUCUCCUCCUCCUCUUCUUCUUCUUGUUCUUCUUCUGUGGAAGUGUUUGUGCGUCAUGAACGUGCAGAGUCACUUUUUCAAGGUCUCUAUACAUGAAUUAUACUAUACUGUAAAUUAGAAUAGUGAAUUGUUUUGCCAUGAGAAGGGGCCCGCAUAUUGCCACUUUCGUUGUUUUGGCGACAAAAUUAGAAAAAAAAUUCUGGGGAGGGGGUGCAAGAUUUCAGUGACGGGGGUGCAUUUGGGUUUUAAUAUUUUAUUGGGAGUUACAUUAUACAUGUAAAAAGCCAAAAAACAUUAAAAAGUCAAUUUUCAAAGAUUUGACAUACAUUGUUUUGCCAUCUAACGACAGAGUAUGCCCACAGCACCCAUCUUCACAUGAAUUGAAAUGAGCAUGUACCAUUCUAUAAUGUAAACUUAUUAUAAACCAAAAUACUUGUCAAUCAACUUUUGUCGUUUUUUUUUAUGAAAAAUGUUCCUUGUUACUAUGAUAAAA